AGUUAACAUCUGAAUUUACUGGUGUUGAGGUGCUGUGGUCGUACAUGUACGAUGAUGGGAAAGGUGCCAAGCCUCUUCCCAGGCCUCUCCAGCAUCAGCCCAGGGAUGGAUCCGACGGAGUCGCUAUCAAAACUCAAACUCCCAGAAACCCAGAGGCGUCUCCAGCCUCCGCCAUGAAGGACCCGGGCCUGGGUGCCGAGGAGUGGGACCGGAUACAGAGGGCUCUCCACUGGGGUGGACCGGACCACCAGGUCACCACGGUGAACAUGAGCACCAGCCCUGACAACUCCACCUUCGUCAUUAAUGACCUCAAGGACACUUACCAUGUGGGAGAUGAACUCCAUGUCACCAUUGUUGCCAAGAACUUUGCCGGUGUACCAAAACGCUAUGGAGGGGAUUUCUUCCAAGCAAAGGUUUAUUCAGGCAAACAAAAGGCCAGUGUGUUUGGAGAAGUACUGGACCACCAGAAUGGCACCUACUCGGCCCGGUUCACUCUGCCCUGGGAAGGCGAGGCGUCGGUGGCGGUCCGUCUGAUUCACUCCAGCGAGGCCGUGUUGGUCCUCAAGCAGCACCGGAACACGGACUCUGACCGCAUCUACUUCCACGGCUACUUCGUGGGCAAGAACCCCCAGGGUGCUCGAGUGGAGGAGAAGGUGGAGUGCAACAUUAAAUGGGACGGGGUGGUGCUGUCGGCCCAGAGGAACUGCUGCUGUGAGUACCAGGAUGCCCGCACGCGGCUGACGUGGCAGUGCCGCAAACCCGGCACUCUGCCCUGUGACACCAUGGUGUACCACUCCGCGGGGGGCUACAGGAAUCGCAUGACGGCCCUCGAGAAGAUACUCCUGGACAGUAAACAUGUGAACCGGUGGCUGAAGGGUGACGCACGCCUGAUUAGAGUCAUCGCCUCGAAUGCAAAUAUUGGAGUGAGAGAGCCAUGUAAACCUGGACUGCCCACGCUGAUACCAGCAGGAUUCUACCUGAACAACGUCUGGACGUCAUUUGUGUGUGGUGCCCGUCAUUUCACAGCGAACGACACAGCCCAGUGUCUAAAGGACAAACACAUCUACAUUAUGGGAGACUCGACUAGCAGGCAGUGGUUUGACUUCCUCAUCCAGACUGUCCCCACUCUGAGGCGCAUGAACCUCCACACCAUGUUCCAAGUGGGCCCACUGAUGGCUGUGGACGUGCAGAACAACAUCGACCUACACUACCGCUCCCACGGACUGCCCCUGCGCUGCUUCAAGACCCCAAUGUCGUCGCUUCACUACAUGAGUAACGAGAUCGACGACAUGGUCGGUGGGCCGCACACGGUCAUUGUCUUCAACAUGUGGGCGCACUUCACCAACUACCCGCUCACCUUCUUCGCCUACCAUGUGUUUCUGAUUCGCCGUGCGGUCGUGGCGCUGCUUAGACGGGCGCCAGGGACCAAGGUUGUCAUCAAGACAGCCAACACGGGCUACAAGUGUGUGUGGCAGGAUAUCUAUGGCAGUGAUUGGUUUUCCAUGCAGCUGGACCGAAUCCUGAGAGAGGCAUUCCGCGACGUGGGAGUUUACAUCCUGGACGUGUGGCAGAUGACCGCCUGCCACUAUAACACAGAGAACAUCCAUCAUGCCCCUGUGGUCAUCAAAAAUGAAAUUGAUAUUCUUCUCUCCUUUGUCUGCCCCCAGUAAAGAGCCAAACCCUCCGGACUCCCCAGUCCAACGCCUUCUCUUGGAGUCCUGAUGGCACCUUGUCACUUUGGCCCACUCCCCCACCCACUCACUCACUCACUCACUCACCCACUCACCCACUCACCCACCCAUCCACUCACUCACCCACUCACUUACCCACUCACUCACUCA